AUUUUCUUCUGAAAAUUACAUUUUUAAAACUAUUAUGUUUUUCUAAAUUUUUUCUUCAUUUUAAUCAUUUGCCUUGCUUCUUCAAUACUGAUAGUGAUUUUUUGUAUAUUCAGAGAGGGAGAGUUUGAGAAAGAAAGAGCAAAGCAAAGAGAAAGGAAGAAGCCAGGAAACAUAGAAGGAAAGGGGGAGCUAGAUCUUGUUGGGUUAUUGAAGCUAGCUUAAUAUAUCCAUGGCUUCUAAACUUCUUUUGAUUGCUGUCUUUGUUCUUGAUCUCAUUGCUUUUGGUUUAGCUGUUGCAGCUGAGCAAAGAAGAAGCACUGCCAAGAUUGUCCAGGAUAGUGAAGUUAAUUAUAACUAUUGUGUCUAUGACUCAGACAUAGCAACAGGCUAUGGUGUUGGUGCAUUUUUGUUCCUUAUGGCUAGUCAAGCCCUUAUAAUGAUCGCAAGCCGAUGCUUCUGCUGUGGAAAGGGAUUGAACCCCAGUGGUUCAAGGACUUGGGCAGUUAUCCUAUUUAUAAUCUGCUGGUAUCUGAGAAUUUCACCAAAGUUGUUUUUCCUAAUUGCUGAGAUAUGCUUGCUGGCGGGUUCGGUAAGAAACGCCUAUCACACCAAAUACCGGACCAUUUUCAGCGAGCAGCCUCCCUCUUGUGAAACUGUGAGGAAGGGAGUUUUUGGUGCAGGGGCAGCUUUCAUUUUCUUAACUGCCAUAGUCAAUAAGUUCUACUAUAUUUGCUAUUCCAGUGCUAGCGAGAACAGCUUCCAGGCCUAGGGUUGAGAGACCGGUGUGCGUAUGGGAACCUACAAAUAAACAUGGCUGAAAGUUGGCAUUCAUCUUAUUGCAGUAGAUGUGACUACAUGGACUCUAUGCCAUCAAUUUGGCCACUCCAUUGUCUGGUUUUUGAGUUGCAUUUCAUCUGCCAAGGAUUUGAUAAAGUAGGUGAUAGAUUGUAUUUUGUGUCAAAUUCAUACAUUAUUUUAUCUUUUUUUCCCCAUUCCAAGAUGCCGUAAAUUUUGUUGAAGUUUCUUGUAUACAUAUCAAUAACAAAAUAUUGUUGUUUGUGUUCCAAUUUGAAAUGCAAUGUCAGUUAUGUAUUUCUUAAAUGAUUUUCAAUGGGAUUGCUAUUUGCUAAACAACUAAAUCCAAGCCAUGGAAGGCCCCUUUCUUCUCAAUUUAUACCCUCAAGGUCCAAUGUCUACAGGUAAAAGAUGCACUCAAAAGUAUAUAAGGAGCAGCCUCACUGUGGCUGAACAAAAGCAAGGGGUUCCAAGGUUUUAUCCAGCACAUCCCCUUUUCAGAUCGAUCCAAAUAAGCUUAUCUAUUCCGAGCGAAACGAAUUAACGAAUUUAUGAGAAAUUACCUUAUCACAGCAUCUAACGAAUUAGAACCGAAGCAACAAUAAGAGAAGCACACUCUUUUUGCCGCUUAUGCCAACCAAAUGAUGGAUAAGACCUAAUUUUUGCUUAGUAGGAAGUCUAUCAAGAAUAACCAUCUAAACAAUGAUGGCAUGCCUGAUUGUA